CGCUCCUGUGCCUGGCUGGGUUUGAAUGUGUUGUGCUAGCUGGCAGGCAGACCGGCUGGAGAGCACGAGGAUGCUUUCGGCGGGGGCAUGAGGACAGGAUGGGGAGCUCGGCGGCAAGCCAGCUAGAGGAGAAGCAUUUGUGCAAGGAGCUGGAGUCCAAUCAGUUGAAGCUCCAGUGACCCAAGGAAAGACUCGUCCAGUCUAAUGUCUGACUUUGCCCGCUGCCCGGGCACUGACAUGUGGGGGUGACACGCCAGGCAGAGCACCCCCACCCCACCGCGUGCAGGGGGCACUGGAGAGAUCUGUGAGCACUGCUAUUCCCAGCCUCUCGUCGAUUGCUCCCCGGUACCUGUGUAUCCUGCCCCGAGGAGACAGCGCUGCCGGUGGUGCGGGGCUGCCUGCCUGGCCAGGUAAGAAGUGGCUGCGAUUAACUUGAGGCUUGUGCUACUGUGUGGAUAAUGCCUGAUGCUUCUGCACUCAGGCUCCUCCAUCCUGCCCAAGAAGAGUCUAGUGCCACUUGCUGCUCAGCGCCAAAGGGGGGAGAGCGGCAGCUGCCAGGGCACAGGCCUCCAAAGGGUUAAGAGCCUCUGUCCCUACUCCAAGGGUUUGAGUGAGAAUUAGUCUGCAGAGGUACAUGUGCAGCACUCUCCUUGGCUGCUGCUGCAGUUUAGUGUGUGUGAAAAGCAGCUCUGCUUGCAGAAGGUGCUCGCUCGGUGUGUCCGAAGCCCUGUGCAUGACAGCAGAGCCCUGGCCGUGCCAGCGGGGCUCGCUGUUGCUGUCUGAGGGGAUUCCAGUCACCUGCCCGCUCCAGCUUCUUAGAAGGGAAAGGAGGAAUCCAGACUAAUGCUUUCAGCAAACAAAUCAUGCUGUCACCCCAACACGCUCCUCUUCAGAAUGUCACCCUGGUGAUAUUUUAAUUCAUCAUGUCGUAUGGAAUCCCGCUGCUGGCCACGCACAGACCAAGAGUGCCACCGAAGAGAUGCUGUUGAAGGUGUGUUAGCAAAACAGCAAGUCAGUACUUAGAGUAACCUUUGUGCACAUCGUGUGCUGUACUCCAGCACAGGCUCCUCAUCGUUACAGCUACUACAGUGGCAAAACUUCUAGUUCACAGCAUGCUGCCAUGUGUGUCUGUGUCAGGAUGAAGUUUAGCAAAGAGUAAUGGAAAGCAUUAUCCAGGGUAAGAUGUGAUAGAAAAGCAUUAAUUUCAUAUCCAAGUAUACGUCCCCCCGCCUCAAGCCCCCAGUUGAACUAGUGCCACAUAAUCAAACGCGAGCUACAUAGACCACUCCAGAUGACAAUAAUGCCCUCUCAACAAAGAACAAACUCACACUCCUGUGAGAAAAGCUUCGCUGGUGAGUGCUGGACAUGAAAAUGAGUUGAACAUGAUGAAAUCUCCUGUCCCUCUGGGUUGCCAGUCGGUGGUCAUCUAACCCCAUCUCAGAGGAAAACCAGAAGAGUUCCACUCUAACUUCUGUCAGGUUUAGUCCAUUAUGGAAGAUCAAACAAUUUUCUGGCACUGGUUUUGUGAAAUUCGGCUGCUGCCUUGGACCCUCCAUUUGAAAAAGAAAUUAACAUUGAGAAACAAUUAAAGAGGAAAAUCAGCUCCAGAGAAUGAGCACUGUAAGUGGCACUGGGAUAUUAGUCAGCUUAACGACAGUGUCUGUGACGCUAGAUUUUCGUUUGCACAGUGGUCUGAUGGCUUGGCCCUUAAGCAGCAAUUUGACUCUGAAUCAGAGUUUGCCCACGUCCGACCCUCUUAAUGCCUCUGAGUGGGGAGAAGUCUCUCGUGUGUCCAUGAGGGAGAAGAACUGGCCAGCCCUCCUGAUUUUGGUUAUCAUUCUGCUGACUAUUGGUGGGAACAUCCUUGUAAUUAUGGCUGUCUCCUUGGAGAAAAAGCUACAGAAUGCCACAAACUACUUCCUAAUGUCCUUGGCGGUGGCAGAUAUGUUGGUUGGGAUCCUAGUCAUGCCCAUUUCCCUCAUUACAAUUCUAUACGAUUCUGCUUGGCCUUUGCCUAAACAGUUGUGUCCUGUAUGGAUUUCCCUAGAUGUGCUCUUUUCAACUGCAUCUAUCAUGCAUCUCUGUGCCAUCUCUCUUGAUCGGUAUGUAGCAAUACGCAAUCCCAUUGAGCACAGCCGCUUCAAUUCCCGCACCAAGGCUAUUAUGAAAAUUGCUGCAGUUUGGACCAUAUCAAUAGGGAUAUCCCUGCCCAUCCCAGUCAUAGGAUUGCAGGAUGACUCCAGGAUGUUUGUGAAUGGGAGCUGCGUUCUGAAUGAUGAGAACUUUGUCCUUAUUGGGUCCUUUGUGGCAUUCUUUAUCCCGCUCAUCAUCAUGGUGAUCUCAUACUGCCUGACGGUCCAGGUGCUGCAGAAGCAAGCAACGGUGUUCAUGUACGGCGAGGUGCCCAAGCAGCGAAGGAGCAGCAUGAGCUGCCUCAAAAAAGAAAACAACACAGAGAACAUCUCAAUGCUCCAGAACCACGAGGCGGCCUCCCACUUGAACUCUCCCAUAAAUAAGGAAGCUGUGCUCUUUCGGAAAGGGACCAUGCAGUCUAUCAACAACGAGCGCAGAGCCUCCAAGGUCCUGGGCAUUGUCUUCUUUUUGUUUCUUAUCCUGUGGUGUCCAUUUUUCAUCACUAACAUCAUGUCUGUUCUUUGCAAGGAAGCCUGUGAUGAGAGCCUCCUGGGCGAACUCAUGGAUGUGUUUGUUUGGGUUGGUUACAUUUGUUCUGGGAUUAACCCCCUGGUGUACACGCUCUUCAAUAAAACCUAUCGCAGGGCUUUUGCCAACUACAUCUGCUGCCAGUACAAGCCCAAUAAAAAUUCGACGCUGCGACAAAACCAGUGUCUGAAUGUCGCUUCCACAGCUUCAUAUGGGAAAGACCUUACUUUAAAUAGCUACCGAAAUGGCAAUGAACUCAACAGCGUGGAGUUGGAUGAAACUGAGGAGGGCUUAGAAAUGCAACCGGGGACUUCAGAGCUGUCAAUAAACAGCCGCAAUGUUGUAAGUGAAAGGGUGAGCUGUGUGUAAUCGAGUCACACCCGUGGCUCUGCCCCUGAAAUAUACCUAUGUAAAAAUGUGUGUGUCACUCAAAGAACAAUGUAAAUACUGCAUCCUGAACAAAGCUUUUUUAAAAAAAUUCAUCUUUCCAGCCCAGUGCUUUAAAUCUUACAUACACUGCAGUGAGGUUUAAAGUUCUAUAUUUACUGUUGCUACUAGAUCAAAAAUAUCUGGUAUUUUGCUUACAUCAUGGACAAAAUGCUGACAUUUUCUUCCAGCGUAUGAACAAAAAUGCUGAAUACUUACUCAGGUGGCAUUUGCUGGAGUCCAGAGUGGCCCAUUCAUAGUUAUAGAUCAAGGAAAACUUUUUUAAGUUGACAGUAAAUAUAUACUUUAACUCCUCACCCAUGUUAUGUGCCAUGCAACAGUGUAACACCGAAUCUUACCAGAAUCCUGGACGGGAUCCCUCAGCUAAAGCAUAGCAGUAUUGCAAUGGAACAGAUGGCUAACCAGACUGGUCACAUGGGGGUCGGGCUGGGUGACAUAGUGGGGCAGUGCCCCACCUUUCAUGCUGGAGAGCUGUUUUCAGUUCUGAUUUCCCACUUCGAUUUUACAGUCCUGGCCUUUCAGGAUCAUUUGAUCCUGGGAUCCUGAAAUCUCUUACUGGUUUAGAAAGGCGACAUUAAAACCAGCAAACUCUCUUGACCCUUUCUUUGUAAACAGAGUGUCUCUGACUCUGCCCUGAACCCUAAAAAUAACCAGAUGCAGAACUAACAGUGGGCCAGGCUCUGAUCUGCUUUCACGUGCAUGUUGUCUGAUGGACUCCAAUGUGGUGGCUCACAUGAGAAAGGUGAACGGAGUUUGGCUCAGUGUCUGGCUCUGAAGCAACUGUUAGCAAUUGAACUCCUGUUCAGAUCUUUUACACCACACUAGUGCAGGGAAGAGUUGCAAGCAAAGUCUCUUAUUUAUAGCUGCUAGAUCAGCCUACUGUCCUUCACUUGCUGCUGGGUCAGGUUGUUUGCUUUGAGUGGAUUCAUUGGACUCAGGUCAUUUGCUUUACCUCAGGAAGUGGGCUUUGGUUUCAUUAGCGCUCUCAGUUUCAUCUUUCCUAGCCUCUUGCUCUCACCAGUCUCACAUUUCCUUGUUCAUUCACACGUUAGUUUUCUCGGCAGCCUGAGACUGGCAGUGUCCCAGUUCUGGAGCCAGCAUUGCUGUUUUCUGCACACCCUGCCACCACAACCCAGACUUCGUGCUUGUGUUGGGAGGGCUGCUAUUUCCUUAUGCCUUAGACUGUGAGCCUCCCCAAGGGCGAAAGAACCUUCCCAGCACUGUGCGUCCAGGUGCAUCAGAGUAAGCAAGGCCAUUGCUUGUUCCAUCCCAGGAACGGGCUAAGCACAUCAGCCCACUUGGUAUAAACGAACAGUAAGCGACUGGCCCCAGGAGCUACGAGGAAGUAGGCGAGGAACUGUAACUCGGGUGAGGGUCUGGAGCACAGUGCUGCUUGGGGUGAUGCAAUUAAUGCACCACCCCUUGCUCCGAACUCUGCAUCAUGCCAGAGCUAGCCUUUAGCCCAGGGGUGGGUAAACUAUGGGCCAGACCCGGCCCCUCAGGGCUUUGGAUCCGGCCCACAGGAUUGCCACCCGCAUGGUGCCACGAGCCCUGCUCCACUCCCGGAAGUGGCUGGCACCACAUCUCUGCGGCCCCGGGGGAGCGGGGGCAAAG